UGGGUUCUCUAACUGGAUGAGGCGCGUACAACCGCAGAGUAUUCGGCUCUUUUAUAAUCCAAGUAUGAAGCCUUUAUGCGGAUCGUUCAAGACGAUGCAUGUCGGAACAACUGAGCCUCCGUUAUUCGCGCCCACUUCCAGGGUUGCUGUGAAGCAGGCCUACUCAAAGGACGAGCGCACGGGUAGUCGUACCAUCCGAAGCGUCGCAUCCCAGAUCAGGCUGCUUAGCAGUGACAUUUUCUGCCGACAGUGGGCCCAUGCCCUUACCGACGACCUGGUAUACAGGUUCAUCGAGUCCCACGACAAGGAAUAUGGCUCCCCUCCUUCCGAUAGCCUCUGGAUACCCCAAUUUAGAUAUGUCGAUGCUGCUCUGGCGAUCAGGCGGUCUCCUGAUGGCGAUGACGAGGACGCCUUCUUGCUCGAGGAGCUCGUUGACGGCGAUGUGGACGGAAGAUGGCGAAAAUACAUCAAUAAUAAUUCUUCCGUUCCCAUCCCCGCUGACGACCUUCACGACCAGCUUCGGAGCGAGUUCCUUGCCUUCUGUCAGCAUGUACAGUACUGGAAGACUUCCGGCUUAGCGUUCGUUACCGACUUCCAAGGUGGAAAUACCAUGCUGUCUGACCCACAGAUCAUAACCCAUCCUGGCUUGGGUGACCUUUUCAGCAACGGAAACCUCGUCAAGACACACUCCAACUUCGAAAAUGAACAUGCCUGUAACGCAUACUGUGAAUGGUAUGGACUUCCGAAAUCUCACUCCUUUGCUGCCGAUAGUAAGGAGGCCCAAGCCUCUUUUUCGGCUGCCUCGAGUGCUCAAGGUAACGCUCAGCGCCGGAAGGGAUUGCCUCAACAGUCACACGGAAGCAAAGUCAUGGAUCUUGGGUCGACAAAGGGCUAAUUCACUUUUCUCUGGCGCCUUACUCGUACUCGAAUAUUGCGUCCCCGUCUACUCUAUCGUUUGACGUUACAUUUUAUGUAUUUUCCCCGGUUCGGACUCUUACCAACUCAUUACAUUCAGCUUUAGCUCUAAUUCUCUUUUCUCUUCCAAUUUCGCCUCGUUUAUGCCUCCCAACUCUAUUCGUGCGUUCUCCCUUAUCGCAGAUCCCCUUCCUAUUUUUCUUGGGUGCAACAUGCUCCCUAACUGAGACGUACAAUUACAGCUUUU